UGCACAGUGUAAGAUGCUAAGUGGAUGAAUCUAGAUAUAAUACAUUUAUAUGUAGCAUUGAUAAAAAUUUGCUAAGUUAUAUAAAAUCUUUAAAUGUAUACACUUUGUUGGAAUUAAACAAAGAGAGUAAUAUGAUGUGAAGUGAAUAUGUUCGAGGAGAAAGAUUCGCGUUAUAAAAUGCGGAUAUUAACCUGACCAUAUUUGCUGCAAAGACAAACAAACUGAUUAAAAUGCCGAGUUGAAAAGAGAAGGCAUGGCGACGACGGACGAGAAUAUUACACGAGGUCAUGAGCUGUAUAUGAGACAUAUUUCGCUUUUGGGUAAAGCUGUACCGUUAGCUUUAAAGGCUGUGAUUAGAAAGAUAGAAGCAAAACACGGGAAAUCACUUGAUUCUGUUCUAACAGAAAGGAGAAAUACUAUCAAAUCAUUUUACUACGACUUGUUUCAAGCAUUGUUUAAAGAAGAUGAUCAAAGUGUAAAUACGCAGAUAGAAUCAUUGGGGUUAUCUAAUCUCUGUGGUGUGAUUUCUUUCGUUUUAUCAGAAAGUUCCAAACUCGACUGCGUCAGUUGCAUUUCUGACCAACUGAGAGAUGUUGAAAAGUACACUCAUUCUGCCUCACUGGAAUACCAUACAUAUAAGCAGAAAUGGGAGUCGCUUCGUGAAUCUUUGCUUGAGCUUGUUAAAGAAAGUGAAGCCGAAUAUGAAUGCAAACAAUUGAUUCAUUCGUACGAUGAAUCGGAAGCGAUCAAAGUUAGUAAAGAGGUCAUUAAAAAACUGAAGAAAACGGAGAGUGUCGACAGGCAUAUUCGUGUUGCCAUAAGUAGCGAAUUUGCUUUAGAUGGACAGAGCGAAACGGAAGAUGAUCUGUCGAGAGAAAAAGGAGGCAAGGUAGAAUACAAUGAUAUAGAAGAAUCGACAAUAAAUUUUAUUCUGCCACUAUCCGACAUAGUUGUGCAUGAAGAGGAAUCAGUAGUUUUCUCAUGUGAGCUAAAUACAGCUAAAAGUCAAACAGAGUGGCGGAAAAAUGAUGAACCGCUUCUUGAAACAAAAACUGUCAAGAUUCUUGCAGAUAAAGGCUAUCAUUGGCUGGUGUUUGCAAGAGCAAUGCCCGAAGAUACUGGGAAAUACUCAUGUAUCUGCAAGAAUGCGUCGACGUCAGCUUUCGUUAAAGUCUCAAGUAUGUAA